CCGCUGACAUCACCACUGAGAGCGCGCCUCAACGACGUACUGCCAUCCACAACUCUCACGAUGGGUGACAACACACACCACCCUUGCGCGCGCGAGCAAUGGCCAUUCUCCGCGUUCCCUACACCGACCCCCUGCCGCUUCCCAGGAUAAUACCUGCAAGCGCAAGCUCGACAUCUGGCGCAAUUGCAGCGCUCGUUGACUUUCUAUCACCCUCGUUGUCCAACUCCAGGCCAUACCUACGCGGCACUUCGCCAAUCAAAAAUGGAAAGACGUUGUUGUUGACUGGUGCGGGGAUUAGUGUUGCGUCAGGACUGGCAGAUUACAGAGGUCCGAACGGGACAUACACGCAGAACAAGACGUAUAAACCGAUCUACUAUAACGAGUUUUGCGAGAACCACGAGGCGAGGAAGAGAUACUGGGCUCGAAGCUUCUUAGGUUGGACAAACCUGAAUAAAGCCAGGCCCAACAAAGCGCAUGCAGCUUGUGGAGAUUUGGGACGGUUAGGCGUUGUUGGGAGGGUCAUCACACAAAAUGUCGACUCGUUCCAUCCCAAAGCGCAUCCCGAUCUCCCCACCACGGAGCUCCAUGGCUAUCUGCGCAAUCUCGUAUGCAUAACAUGCCGAAACGAAUACGACCGCCGAUUGUUCCAAGAUCAGCUCGCAAAGCUGAAUCCAGCAUGGGCAACGUUCCUCGAAGAGAUGCUGACUUCUGGCGCACUUGAUUCCGAGAAUCCCGACGAGCGACGGAAGAAGGGGAUGAAGACCAACCCAGACGGAGAUGCAGAUGUGCCAGACGCGCCGUACACGACGUUCAGAUACCCACCAUGUCCGACAUGUCUACAAUCGCCGCCGCAAAAGGCCACUGGCGGCACGCUCAAGGUCGAGAUAGACCAGGACGGCGCAUGGAAACACGGUAGUGAGGGCGGCGUCUUGAAGCCGGCAGUAAUCAUGUUCGGAGAGAGCAUACCGGCAUUAACAAAAGUUGCUGCUGAGCAGGCUGUAGACGAGGCCGGGAGGUUACUGGUUAUUGGCAGCAGUCUUGCAACGUACUCCGCCUGGAGGCUGGUCAAGAAGGCGAAAGAACAGGAGCUUCCAAUUGGAAUACUGAACAUGGGUGGAGCUAGAGGCGAGGAGGCGUUCUUCACCAACGUGGAGGAUAGCAACACAGGGCGAGAGGCAGUAAGAGUCUCGGAGAACGUGGAGAAGGUGCUGCCGCAGGUCGUGAAGAUUCUAGAGAAGAUGAAACUAAGAGCAUGAAUGCAAAAUCUCCCACAAUGAAUACCAAGGUGCCUUCUACUGAGUUGUGGAUGGCAUCCGUCAAGGAGACCCCACCGCGACAUCAGAGUCACGUCUUCCGCUUGACAGCCAAUUGACGCCCACUAUGAGCAAUAUCAGCACACAACCCGGCCUUAGUGUGAAGCGGCAGCCUAGCGCCACCCUUGCGCAUUUUGCUGAUGCGUUGGCGCUCUGAAGGACUCAUGUAGGCUGUGC